ACUUAAAAUUUAUUCAGUUUGAAUUGAAAAACUAAAAUUGAACGAAUAACGAAAUUGGUAUGAAUGAUAUAAAUAUAACAAGAAAUAAUAAGGUGGACCAUGUAAUUUGGGAUGAAAUUGGCUUUGAAGUUUGAAGCGGAUGAAGUAUAUCCAAAUUCAGCAACAGAAGCCACUCUGACUUCCACGUGGCACCACAAUUCUCGGACAAAUCCCGGCGAGUAAUCCAUCGCCUUCCUUCCAUCUUCAAGACAGAGCAAUCUGUAAUCCAAUCGCUCCACUACUAAUCCAUGGCUAUGGCUUCGUCAAUGGCUUCGUCAAUGGCUUCAUUAAACCCCACAUCUCUCUGUUCAUCUUCAUCUUCUUCAUCUUCUUCACCAGCACCAAGAAUUAUUCCCUCCAAGCAAAUCCCAUAUCUAAGUUCUUCGCUAAAUCUAAACCAACCCGGGCUUCGUCCAUUUCCGAGCAGCAGUUUCUGCAAUGCCCACUCGUUAAAGAUUCCAUCUUUGGCACUCAAGGCCUCCAGUUCAGGCAACGGGGAGGGGGAGUACGAAGUGUAUGAGGUCGAAAUAGUGAAGCCCUAUGGAUUGAAAUUCGCGAAGGGAAGGGAUGGGGGCACUUAUAUUGACGCCAUUGAACCUGGAGGAUCAGCUGAUAAGACUGGGAAGUUCACAGUUGGGGAUAGGGUUAUUGCCACCAGUGCAGUGUUUGGAGAUGACAUCUGGCCUUCUGCUGAAUAUGGAAGAACAAUGUACACUAUCCGGCAGCGAAUGGGCCCAUUGUUCAUGAAAAUGGAGAAGAGAUAUGGGAAGAUGGAUAGUACAGGUGAGCUCUCAGAUAAGGAAAUUAUUAGACAAGAAAGGAGUGCUGGUUUUAUCACUGAUAGGGUGAGAGAGAUUCAGUUGAAAAAUGCAGUGCUGAAAAAGGAACAGAAGGAGCGCAGAGAAAUGGAUCUUCGUGAAGGACUUCAGAUGUACAGGUGAAUGUUGUUUCUGUGGGUUUUCCGUUUCCCUUGUCAUUUUUAAUUUUCAAGGAACCUACUUUAGAUCCUUGUUGGUAACACUAGAGUUUUGUUGCAAAUGCUGGAUUUGUGGCUCAAACUUGAGGUAGAAGGGUAGUUUUUAUUUUAGCAAACAAAAAUAUAAUCUUCCACUAUUUUCCUAAUUUCACCCGUCAAAUAAAGUAGUGUUUCAUAGAAAACCCUGCAGAAAAGUUCUUCUACCAAAGCGGCAUCUAAUCGUGUAACAUGGUAAGAAAAUUGAGCCCCGCAGCAUUGACACCACUCAUGACACCAAGUUUGACACUACCUCUGUUUCAAAACUAUCCCCUGACAAUGACUGUAUGUGUGUGACAGUCUUUCUGUGUCUGAGAGAUAAAAUGCCAAGUGGUGUAGAUCUUGGUGUCAUUAGUGGUGGCAAUUGGCAAAGUAGAACUACUCGAGAAAAUUUAUCUUGAUAUUUAUUGUUUUUUAUAUAGAAAAGCUAGAAAACUAAGAAAGGUGUCAUUCCAAAGUGUUUUUUGGUGUUUUCACUAAGGAGGCUUACCAUUUCCAAUUCUCUGGCAUUUUUGUUUUUCGAAAUUUUCCGAGCUGUUGGGUAUUUGAUGGUUCUACUUUCAUUUUCCUUUUUUCCCUUUCUGUUUGGCAAAGGAGUGGAAAAUAUGAAGAAGCAUUAGAGAAAUUUGAGUCUGUACUAGGGUCAAAACCAGAUCUAAAUGAAGCUGCAGUGGCAAAUUACAAUGUUGCAUGUUGUUAUUCUCAGCUUAAUCAGGUAACCUAUUGUUCUAUUUGACUUAUAAGUUAUCUACUUUAGCAAUGUUGAGAUUUAAGGCCUUGUUUGGCAACCUGUUAGUGGGUUGUGUUAGUUGUUUCUCUCACUUGUUUGGUAGUUUUUCCAAAAAAGUUCAAAACAAUGUUUUUGCAAACAAAAUUUAAUAACAACCGCCCCAAACGCUUCUAAAGAAAGUUUUGUGACCAAAAACCUUUCCCAAACACACUCAUAUAUUCCUAAUAGAUGCUCUCUAUGCCAAAAAAAAGCCACUUCUCACAAAAGCUCCUAGUCAAAAAGCUACUUCCUUGAAUCUGGUCUUGCAAUAGGUUGAAGCUGGGUUGUCUGCCUUGGAAGAUGCUAUGAAAGCAGGAUUUGAAGAUUAUAAGAGAAUGAGAAGAGACCCUGAUCUUGCCAAUCUCAGAUCAUCUCCAAACUUCGAACCCAUUGUUAAGAAAUACGACGAAUCAUUCAUCAAUGAAGGCGCUAUCAACGCCCUCAAGUCCCUGUUUGGAUUCAAUAAGAAGUAGAGCAAUGUGCUUGUAUUCGACGCGUAGUUCUCGGGUUUCUUGUAUCGUGUCAUCCAAACGAGGCACUACACUAUCGAUCUCGGCUAUGUCUUCCACACAUGAAAUGAGGGCUGUAAAAUUAGGAAAAAAAUGGGUUGUCCCUUUCUUCUCCUCAAUUGUAUUCUCUCCAAAUUGUGAUUUUUAUGGGGAAAGCUAAAAAAGAUACUAUAAAUGUGAUUAAAUUCAUCUCAUCAAACCUACUGUGAAGGAAUGUAGGUUUACCCCGAGUUUGUACAAUUGUACCUCAAUUUGUAUUAUACUCUCCUUCGUCCCAAUUUAAAUUGUAUGUUUCGAUUUACAAUGUUUGAAUUUUGUUUUAAAUUAUUUUAUAUGAAAAAUGGUGUAGAAUUAAUAAAUAAAAUUUAUAGAUAUUU